AUGUCGCGACCGACUCAAAGGGGUAAAGCAUCGGGCACUACUGGAUCCGUUGACAUUGACUUAAGUCGUGCAAGAACUUUUGGCCAUCAGAAACAUGGAUCAAGAACGAUUGAGUCAAGAGCCGCUAAGAGGAUCGCCAGCUUGACUCAGCAAGGUGAGGGGACGAGCAAGGGGCAGAACGUUCAAGAAGCGGACAUAACUGAUCUUCUUCACUCUGUGUCAACAAUGAUGGGUGAUAAAUCGCAGAUCCCAACUCGGCAGGAGUUAUUGAGCAUGGUUCGGAAGCACUCGAAAUUGAUUGGGAAAACUGUGUUGGAUGGUGAUGAGGAUGUAACGUUGGACGAUGUAGAAAUGGAUUCUGGCUUCUGGCGUGAUAUCAUUGACUUGUAUUUUUUCAACAGCAAGGAGUCAAGGGGACGUGAGGAUGAUGAUCUAAUAUUCUUUGUUAGAAAAAUGAGCGUGCAGUCACAGAGACCCAGUGAUGAUACGGAGGGCAACUCUCCCUACUUUGUACGCAGGUGGGCACCUAAGUUGGAUGACUUAAUUGGUGAAAAUUCAGUAAUCAUUGACUGGAGGCGCUCUUUUUAUUUGAAUUUGAUUGCUCACACCUCAUUCAGUGUGACUGUAGCAAUUUGCAGUCAUCAGGCCCUACAACAAUAUCAUGCGAGUCAAGAUAAAACCUUGCCUACUAUCUAUAAGGUAUUGAAAACUGUAUAUGCAUCUCCAAGUCGUGUUAAUUUUCAUUUGGACGCAAGAAAGGAAGUAGAAACAACACCUGCCUAUCCAGAUAUUUGUUUUGCUGUUGAUGACUUUGAUUCCACUUUUGAUGCAGUGGUUUUGACUGAUACAGACCACUGCUAUUGUGUUGUACUAAAUGCUCAAUCUGGGGCAGCAUUUCCUAAUGAAAGAAAAUCAGAGCAAACUAGUUCAGAUGUUCCUUCUUCAGAGAAUGUUACAAGUGCUGGCAAGUUUAAGAACUCUAAGAUUACGCUUUUUUCAGGGUUUGUCAGCUACCAAAUGGUUCGAGAAGCAUAUGAUGCUGGCAGAACUGGUUUUGGGAGCCUUCUCUCUCUUGGUCAUUCUUCUGGGAAAACUGACAGAAUUUACAUGAAAGGUCCUGGAGGACGCGGUGAAGUUGAAGUAGCUGUCUCCGGCGUUUUAGAUCAAAGCAAGAUGGAAUUAGGUCCCCAUUCACCGAUUCAAAUAUCGAAAAAAGGAAUUGGUAUCGGGAGUAUCGUGCGUACAGCAGCAUCUGUUGCAUCAUUAGCUGCAAAGCAAGCUUAUGCUGCAGCUGCUUCUUCAAAUCGACCUUCAGUGGAUGAGAUGCUGCCCCUCAAGUGCUGUUUAAUGUCCAUUUCACUACCCUGGGAAAACAUUGCCCAUGAUCUUUUAUUUAAGGGAAGUCCACCCGUGAGCUUAUAG